CAGACAGGAGAUAAGACGGGGGACGUGGAGGACGUGGCCUGAGAGCUCUCGGAAGAAGUUUUUGCCCAACUGUGCCAAGCGGCCGAGCGCUUUGAGCUCCCACGAGGGGUGUUUCCCACUGAGCGGGGGUGGGCACGGGGAUUCAGAAAGGGAAGAUUUCUCUUUGGAUUGGAUGCCAAGUUCUCACACUCUUUCUGGACCAUGGCGGACAACAAGCAGCACAGAAAAGGGUCUGCGAGCUCAGAUCGCUCCUCAUCGCACACCUGCUUGUGGAGCAUGGGUACAACUGCCAGUGCCGCACCGCAGCCAGUGUCCGCAGCGUCGCCACUGGAGAGUGUCCACGGCAACGGGAUGGCCGACAGCAGGCAGUCUCUUAACAUGAGCCCCUUUCAGACAGUCAACAUCCACAACAACAAGGCCAAGUCCAUUAUCACCAACAAAGUCGCACCUGUCGUCAUCACAUAUAAUUGCAGACAGGAAUUCCAGAUUCACGAUGAAAUCCUCAAGACCAACUACAAACUCGGGCGGAUAUCAGACACCAUGCCCGAGCACUACCUGGUGCAGGGGGAGUACUUCAUGGUCCAGGACGUGUACAGCAAGGCAGAUGUCCUGAACACCACGGGCAGCUAUGGGGCGCCCAACUUCCGCCAAGUCAAGGGAUCCUACCCUCUGUACGGGAUGGGUCAGCCGAGCCUGAACGGCUUCAAACAGGUCCUCCAGAGGCUCCAGGUGCAAGGACACGAGGAGGUUAUAUUCUUCUGUGUACGAGAGGAGCCGGUGGUUUUCCUGCACAAGGAUGACGACUUUGUGCCGUACACCCCCAGGAGGAAGGAAAACCUACAUGAGAACCUACACGGCCUGAAAAAGGAGGUGCUGGUGGAGAGCCUGGAGCUCACCGUCAGGAAGGAGCUCCACGACUUCGCCAAGCUCAACGAAAACAUCUUCUACGUCUACAAUGACAUAGAGUUCUUCAAAGACGAGCCCCAGAAGAUCUCCAUCACGUGUGAGGAGGACAUCCAUGUGACAGAGGAGGUCUACAAGAGGCCCAUGUUCACCAUGCCGGCCUACAGGUACUACAGAUUACCGUUACCGAUGGAGGGAGCGCCACUGGAAGAAGACUUCGACGCAUUUGUUAACAUUCUCAGGGAGAGUCCCAGCUUGUCCCUGGGCCACGAUGCGUCCCGGCCGCUGCCGUCGCUGCUCUUCAGCUGCCAGGUGGGCGUCGGCCGCACCAACCUUGCCAUGAUCCUGGGCACCCUGGUCAUGAAUCGCCUGAGGGGGGAUUCACAACCGCCGUCUCAGGUUGAGAAGGCGGCAGCUUCAGAGCCUAAACCUCUUUUCCAGGUCAUCCAGUCUCUGAUCAACAAGCUGCCGAAUGGAAAGCAGGUCAUGGAAGAGGUUGACCAGGCUAUCGCCCUGUGUUCAGAAAUGCACAACAUAAAAGAAGCAAUACAUGAGAACAAGAGUAAGCUGGAAGGGAUCGGAGAAGAUUAUCAAAUACAGGGAAGCAGCACCAAAGAUUACUUUCUCAACCGCACCAUGCAGAGCUUGGAGCGCUACUUCUACUUGAUUGUGUUUAACGCGUACCUUCACGAACAGUAUCCUCUUGCCUUUGUGUCCAACUUCAGCCAGUGGAUGUGCUGCCAUGCGUGGCUGUACAGACUGCUGGCCUGCAUGGACCUGUCGGAGCUGUCGGCACCGGCUGAGCUGGUCACCAGGGGAGCCCGCGUCCUGGUUGCUGAUGAGUACUUGGCUCCUGACGUGCUCAGCACAGUGAAGGAGAUGAAGGCGGUCAACUUCAGACGAGUGCCCAAGAUGCCUGUUUAUGGAGUCGCUCAGCCGACAUCAGAGGCCACCGGAGCAGUUUUGGCCCAUCUGUCGGAUGAGAAGAGGAAGCACAGCCACGUGCUGUGGGUGAACCUGCAGGAGGAGCUGGUGUUGGAAGGAAACGGUCAGACUUUCACACCCAGGGAGCCCUCGUGCCUGGACCAGCACAUUCCUAUCCCAUCAUCUGACCCACAGCUAAUAGAGAAACUGGAGACGUCUCUGAAGGAGGCGGUCCUGCGAGCUCAGAAGUGGCUGGAGGUGACGCUGGAGCAGGACAAACAGAUGAAGAUGUUUAAAAGCUGCAUGACGGUCCAGGAGAUCUUCAACCAGCACAAGAGCUCCCACCAGGGCCUCGUCUACAAACGCAUCCCUCUGCCGGAGUGCAGCGCGCCCAGGGAGGAGGAUUUCGAUCAGCUGCUGGAUGCCAUGAAGAGUUCCUUGGCCGAAGACUCCCGCUCAGCCUUCGUUUUUAACUGCUCCAACGGCAAAGGCAGGACCACAACCGCCAUGGUCAUCUCUGUUCUGACCCUCUGGCAUUUUAAUGGUUUCCCAGAGUUUGCAGAAGACGAGAUUGUUUCUGUUCCGGAUGCCAAGUACACGAAAGGAGAAUUCGAGGUCGUGAUGCAGCUGGUUCGCCUGCUCCCCGACGGUCACAGGAUGAAGAGGGAGGUGGACACGGCUCUGGACUCUAUCAGCGAGACCAUGACCCCAAUGCACUACCAUCUGCGAGAGAUCAUCAUCUGCACAUACAGACAGAUUAAAAGCGGUAAGACGGAGAAGGAGUGUAAGCAGCUGCUGCUGAGGAGCCUGCAGUGCCUGGAACGCUACAUUUACCUCAUCCUCUUCAACACAUACCUGCAUCUAGAGAAGAAAGACUCUUGGCAGCGCUCCUUCACUCUCUGGAUGGAACAGGUGGCUGCCAGGGCCGGAGUUUAUGACAUCCUCAACCAGCUGGCCUUCUCCGAGUUUGAGAACCCGAGGGACUCGCAGCUGGCCCGGCUGCGCUGCCGCUGGCAACGGCAAAACAUUCACUCACUUCCUUUCCGAGGGGAGUUCAUCUGAGAGAGGAUCACUGCGAAAGGCACCAGAGCAGCACUGUGCUUUUCAGAAUAAAAGACAUUUUUACAGUAACAUUGUCCCAACUUCUAUAUUUACCCCUGUGUUAAUGCAUAUCUUCAUUUCAUCUAUGGUUUGUUUUACUGUUCUUCUCUUGUUAAGUGUUUUUAGACUGUUACUUUUAGUUGUCGAUAUUUGUGCCUUUUUCCAAUGCUAGAUCAUAGACUUGACUAAUAUUUAUGUCGCUUUUUUCAAAUCGACUUUAAAAUGAGUUCGUUUUUUUCUGAACUUCUGUUUUACCGAGACAAAAGUUUGUGGAGGAGAGGAGCAAGUUCCGUAUGUCGCAACUGCUUUUUGUGAUCUGAUAUUUUCCCUGAACCCUGUUCCUUUCUUUGUCCGACCUGAUUUCAAAUAUGUUUUCAAGACAACCACUCUGUGUACAUACGAACAGUUGUUUUUCGUGUCCUUGAGUUUGUUUUGUCACAGUGAGACAACAGUAAGGAGUCCGUCUGUUGUGCCUGUUUCUUUGAAUUCUCAUGUGUCAGGUACUAACAAUGCAGCAUGUCAGGAACGUUGUUAUGUAAGUUUGAUUCUUCUUUAAAGCUGUAAAUGUGUUUUUGUAUUCACAGUGUUACCUGAACAGAAUAAUACAUCAUUUUCUGAGAUUCCUUUCAAGUCAUAUUCUUCCUACAUUAAAUCCUACAUUACCCACGAUGCCACCUGACCGCUCACAGUUCUGUGAGACAUUCAGGUGUUCGCUAGUUCUCCCAAAAACCUGUACACAGACUUGAUGUGUAAAAAAACUAGCCGAGUUCCCUUUUAAUCAGCUCGGCUCUCGCAGACUCUACUUCUGUAAAUGGCUUCAUUUUCUGGGACAUCACCGAUUCGUCAGCUUGAAUCAAAUUAUACGUCUGACUGUCAAAAUGAAUAGUUGCAAAAGGCCAAGCCUGCAAAUACCUGACUUAAAGAAAACAGUUGGUGUUGAUUGAUGAUUACAUGAUAAAGCUACCUUUUAUAAAAAGGGUAUAUGAAGCAUGAUUAACUGUACAGGACAAUAAGUUAUAUUGUCAUUGUAUUGUAAGAUAAACAAGGCAGCAGGUUGCUUUUAUUCAACACAUGCCAGUUGUUUAGCAUGUCUACAUUUUCAAGAUUUCUUUUUUUUUUUCCUGGGCAGCAUUUUUUUUUACAUGUCCUAACUUUUCUAUUAGUUUUUUUUAUUAUUCUUUAUUCCACUAGUAACUUGUAGCUUCACGUCUGCUGUAAAAACAGAAUGAAUCCUGCCUUAAAACCAGAAACCAUUCAGAUUUCUUCAUUUCAUCACAUCAUUUCCACUGUACAUAACUGAUCCCGACUAAUUGAGCAAAACGAUUCUGAUGAUUUUUAAUGAAAUGGAAGUUGAAUAUGUUUUAUAGACUCAUGUGCAGGUUGUAUUAACACCUUAAUGUCUUAGCUAUGCUCUUAAUUUAACUUUUUUUUUAUUUUUCUAACAGGGGAACUCUUCAUGUGUAAUCUUUUAUUCCCUGUAUCUGCCAUUUUUUUUCUGAUUUUGGGGGCAGGGGGGUUAAAAUAAAAUAAUUUGAAUAGUUUUAA